AUGCCAAAGAAAAAUGAUGUAACAACGAAUACUUCACAAUCACUAGAUUACGAUGAGGGUGAUGGUGAAACUAACAAUAAUGAUGAUGAUAUCAGUGAUGAAGAUUAUGAAUUCGAAAAAAUGAGCCAUAUAAGACGACAGUCUCCUAGUCUAUCACAAAUUUUAAUUGUAUAUCAAUUGGUGGGGAAACGGGAAUUUAUUUUGAGUCGAAAUGGAACGAAAAAAUUUUACAAUAAAGUACGUCAAUAUCAAGAACUAUCUCAACUUGAAAAACAAGAUGACAUUAACUUUGGUUCACGAAUGGAAAAAUCGGCAGAGAUUAUAUGUAAAUUAGCUGCAAUUUCAUAA